UUCUUUUCCCACUUAUGAGUACCAGCGAGCAGGCCCAGUGGACGUUUUUUUUAAUAGAGUUGUGUAUUAAACGAGAAGACCCUGAAGGCAGCAUUUAGUUUAGGGCGACAAAUGGAGAAGUCGGGAAGAGGAGGCGGAAAGUAAAGAAGCCGAGGGAGGAGGGAGGAACUAUAAACACAAGUUAGAACUAAAUUUCAACACAUUGUCGUCUGCGCCUCUCAUUGCUGGAUUGUUAAGACUUCUUCACACAAAGGAACCCAUAUUGUCGUCAGCCAUGGGUGUAGAGGGGGGAAUGAAAUGUGUCAAGUUCCUGCUCUUCUUUUUCAACUUCAUUUUCUGGUUAUGUGGCCUAGCAUUGGUUGUGGUGGGAGUCCUGGUUCAAGUGGGUUUGCACAAAACCUUGAUGAUGAAGAACGCCUCAGCAUCAGGACCCGCGAUUGUUCUGAUUGCCGUCGGCGUGGUGAUUUUCUUCAUCGCCUUCUUCGGCUGCUGUGGUGCCUGGAAAGAGAACCACUGCAUGGUCGCCACGUUCACUGUCCUUCUCGUUCUGGUCAUUCUUGUUGAGAUUGCUGCAGUAAUCGCUGGAUACGUCUUCAGAAACAAACUCACAGAUGUCGUCCAGGAUAGUCUCAAAAACAUGAUUUCUGAUUACGAGAACGGCACGGCAGAAUUCCAACACUCCUUGGAUAAGCUGCAGGAGGAUUUGAAAUGCUGUGGCUUCAACGGUUCUUCUGACUGGAAAGACUUCAGCUCUGAUAAGAAGUCUGUGCCUGACUCAUGCUGUGUGAAAGUCACUCCCAAAUGUGGAGUCGGGGCCAUGACAGACGCUGCCAAAGUUCACCAGGAGGGUUGUGGUGAGGCUUUGGUGGCUUAUCUGAAGAAAAACAUGCUGUGGGUGAUAGUUGCCGCUAUUGUUAUCGCCGUCCUGCAGAUAAUGGGCAUCGCGUUUGCCUGCUUGUUGAUGAGAGGAAUCCGUAGCGGCUACGAAGUCAUGUAGUAGGAGUUGUCCUUUCAGGUCGCGGUUAUUGGGAGCUGUGGAAAACUUAAAUAUGUUCAUUUUAUACUUCAGAUAUAAUGCAAAGCACAAUAGAUUUAGUCUUGUAUUUUCACAGGUUAACAACAUCUCUGCUUUGAUGCUGUAUGUGUUUAGGAAGUAGACAGAAUGUUCACUUUGUCAGCAUAAAUUCUUGUUGCUUGAGGAAUAUUAACAUUAGUCACAUUACUUGUUCUGUUUAGACUUAAGACCUUGUUUUAUAUGUUCUGCUGGUUCCCAGUUUCUGUUUUUAUUAAAGACUCUUUAAAUUA